CAAGGCCUACAAGUCUACAACGCAAUAGAGUUCCCCUUAUAGAGUGCGAUCAUAAUUCACACUCCUCCAUCCCUCCCUCCCUCGCAUUUCCUUACUUCUGGAGUUUCAGAUCCAUCAUCAAUGGCGGCACCAGAUGUUUUGUUCAAUCUAAGAAACAAUUUCUACUUGGGAGCUUAUCAAGCAGCCAUCAACAACAGCGACAUCCCCAAUCUAUCGCCUGAAGAUGCAAUCGAAAGAGAUUGUUUCGUUUACAGAUCUUACAUUGCUCUCGGAAGCCACCAGCUUGUGAUCAGUGAGAUUAAUUCUUCUUCUGCCACUCCUCUUCAACCUGUCAAACUUCUCGCUCUCUAUCUUUCUAGUCCCGAAAAUAAGGAAUCGGCGAUUUCGAGUUUGAAGGAAUGGUUGGCGGAUUCUGCUAUUGGAAACACCACAACUUUGAGGCUUGUUGCUGGUAUUAUUUUCAUGCAUGAGCAAGAUUACAGUGAAGCUCUGAAGCAUACUAAUGCUGGAGGAACUAUGGAAUUGCAUGCAUUGAAUGUCCAAAUAUAUAUCAAGAUGCAUAGAUCAGAACAUGCAGAUAAACAGCUAAAGAUUAUGCAACAAAUUGAUGAGGAUCACACAUUGACUCAACUUGCUAAUGCUUGGCUAAAUUUGGCAGUGGGAGGUUCCAAGAUACAGGAAGCAUAUCUCAUUUUCCAGGAUUUCUCUGAGAAGUAUUCUAUGACUGGAUUGAUCCUGAACGGCAAGGCUGUUUGUUGCAUGCACAUGGGAAACUAUGAUGAAGCAGAGUCGUUGUUACUUGAAGCUUUGAACAAGGAUGCAAAGGAUGCUGAAACAUUGUCAAAUUUGGUUGUGUGCUGUCUUCACCUUAGCAAACCAACAACCAGAUAUCUGAGUCAGUUGAAGGUUACUCAUCCAGAGCACAUGUUCGUGAAACGUUUAUCUGAUGCUGAAGACAGUUUCGAGAGGGCAGUUCAAUCGGUUGCAUAAGGAACCUAUUCAAUUAUAUCUUGAUUCUAUUAAGCAGCUAAUGGUUCUGUGUGAACUUGGUCUGUAUUGCAUUUAUUGUUUUUUUUUUUUUUUUUUUUUGGCCCAUUCACCAUCUCAGUAUGGGUUGGGGAUCUUCCAAUUUACAGGAACAAGAAUGGAAUAGCCAACAAUAUGUGGUGACAGCUUUAUGAUGUUUUGGAAAGGCAUGAGACUUGAUAUUAGACUUCAUAAGUAGUAGCAACGGAAUAUUUUUUAAGUUUCUUGUUUUAUCAGAGUAAAACAAUAAAUUAGGUGAAAGUUGAUAAAGACUAAAGAAAAAGCGAGAAAGUUUAGAGCAUGAGCAAUUGUGAAGUUACGUUUGGGCCGUUUUGUUUACGUUUGGGCCGUUUUGUUUAUGUUUCGGUUGAAAAUGAUUUUAAUUUAAUUUAAUUUUGUAAUUUAAUUUUUUCUCGGAA